AUGAAGAGAGGCGGUGGUGUUAAUUAUUUUGAUAGUGGUCCCAUGGCAAUUUCAACUUACUUUGACGAAUGCGCGUCUCACUCGCGCAAGGAGGGUAAUUCAUCAUACCACUCAAACAACCACUCGUCCGCGAGUGUAGCGAGUGUGAGCGAGUGUGAGCGAGAAAUUGCAAACGGCGCCUGCGCAAGCAUCGAGCGCGUGAAUGAGACAAAAAUCGAUCAUGAGAUGGUACGUGCGGGCUCUGAGGACGAGCACCAGGGCCGAGUUGCGAUGACUAGAUCGCCUGAGCAUCAGUGUAGCCCGGUGUAUUACGAUAGUAAUAUUAUGAAUAAGGGUGAAACUGAUAUUAAAUACGGAAAAUUGCGUCUUUCUCGAAUAUAG